AUGUAUAAAAAUUUGAAUGUGAAUAAGAAGUACCAAAUUCAUCACCAGAGGAUUAAACCUUCUUGGGUGGCCUUCAGAGUGGAGCACAGUAAACACCAGAAGGGAGUGCCCCCGGUGCCAUUAAGUAACGAAUCUAGUUUGAAGAAAUUGCCAGGAGCAGCGCAACCGCAGAAGGCAAGGGGCCCUGCGCAGGCCCAGCGCCCGGCGCCCCCUCCCGGAGCAGCAAGCACCUCUGCACGGCACGCUAGACAAAAGCUGGAACACAGAACAAAGCAGAUUGAAGUGAAGAUGUAUAGCCUACGAGAAAGAAAGGGCCAUGUGUACCAAGAGGUCAGCGAGCCCCAGGACGACGACUACCUCUAUUGUGAGAAGUGUCAGAACUUCUUCAUUGACAGCUGUGCUGCUCACGGGGCCCCUACAUUUGUAAAGGACAGUGCAGUGGAGAAGGGGCAUCCCAACCGCUCAGCCCUCACUCUGCCCCCUGGAUUAAGUAUCAGACCAUCAGGCAUCCCUGAGGCUGGGCUUGGCGUAUGGAACGAGGCAUCUAAUCUGCCGUUGGGUCUGCACUUUGGCCCCUACGAGGGCCAGAUCACAGAAGAUGAAGAGGCGGCCAACAGUGGGUACUCCUGGCUGAUCACCAAAGGGAGGAACUGCUACGAGUACGUGGAUGGAAAGGACAAGUCCUGGGCCAACUGGAUGAGGUAUGUGAACUGUGCCCGGGAUGACGAGGAGCAGAACCUGGUGGCCUUCCAGUAUCACAGGCAGAUCUUCUACCGAACCUGCCGGGUGGUCAGGCCGGGCUGCGAACUGCUGGUCUGGUACGGGGAGGAGUACAGCCAGGAGCUCGGCAUCAAGUGGGGCAGCAGGUGCAAGGGCGAGCUCGCGGCGGGCAGAGGUGGGCACCGCUUCUCCUCCAACACAAAGCAAGAAGCGCUCCUGGGGAGCUUUCAUGGUCCGGCUCUUGAAUGGAGUAAACUCCAGUCUGGAUGGUUCAGGCCUUACCGGAGACAAACCAUCUACCUGACCAAAAGCUUCCUCUUUCAGCAGACCCAGAGCCCAAGAUCCAUCCAUGUGGCUCCUGCUCUCUGGCCUUCUCCAGUCAGAAAUUCCUCAGCCAACACGUGCAAUGCAGUCACCCGUCUCAGGUCCUCCCGAGAACACCUGCAAGAGACCGCGUCCAACCAGAGGAUCCCUGCCCAGGCUCUCAAAAUCGGCAGCAGCAAUAUUCUGAUCCACACAGCUGGAGUGACAAACCUGAAGGUCAAGAGGUCAAGGAAAGGUCCAAACCUUUGCUGAAAAGGAUAAGGCUAAGGAGGAUUUCAAGGGCCUUUUCCUACCCUCCCAAAGGACAAAUGGGGAGUUCUAGGGUACAUGAGAGAAUGAUG